UUCGAUACUUUUCAAUCACCUUUCUACAAAAACAAUACAAAACAAAAUCUAAAUACGUGAGCAAAUAAUACCCAUAAAUAUAUGUGUAUUAUUAGCAAUUUGAUAAUAUAAAAAACAAAACGGCAAAAAAAAAAGUGUUUUAAGACACUGAAUCGUAGUGGUUAUAACGUCAGUGCAGCUUCUAAGGAAGGUUUCUUCUUCUUCUUCAUCUUCCUCUUAAUCACAAACUGGUCAAACUCUGCCUCUCUCUUCUCUAAACCCAAACAAAAGAAAAAAACCAUUUUUCUCAUCUUCUUCUUCUUUAUUCACAAACCUCACCAAACACACAUUCCUUAAACCAGAUCUUCAUUCUCCGAUUCUCUUGUCCCUUAUUUGUCUGCUGUUACAAAAACCCUCUUCAUUUUCCCAGAAACCCACUUAUCUUCUUCUUAAAUUACUAUCAUCCUCACUCAAAAGUCUCACACUUUCUCAAAAUGUCUUGUUUCUUAAGCUGUGUCCGUUUCGAAACAACCACCGACAACAACAAACCCACGAGUACAGAAUCUGGUUCUGUCUCCGGUGUUACCUGUUAUACCUGGGAUGAUGUUGAGUCUCUCACUUCCAAUUUCUCUAGACUUAUUGGUACUGGUGGCUAUAGUAGUAUCUACUUAGCUCGUGUGUCUGGUUCUAUCAACGCAGCUCUCAAGGUUCAUGUCAGUAGUCAUCGUCUUUAUCAAGUGUUUAGGUCUGAGCUUGAGAUUUUGCUUCGUCUUCAACAUCCUCACAUUGUUAAGCUUCUUGGUUACUUUGACGAUUCAGAAGAAAGUGGAGCACUAUUACUAGAGUACCUUCCUCAAGGUAACCUUCAAGAGAAGCUUAACCGGAACAGCAAACAAGUGUUACCAUGGAGAAACAGAACCGCUAUUGCGUUUCAGGUUGCGCAAGCAAUUGAACAUAUUCAUGAGAAAUGUAGUCCUCAGAUUGUGCACGGUGACAUCAAAUCUUCCAACAUACUUCUUGACAAACAUUUCAACUCCAAGCUUUGUGAUUUCGGAUCAGCUAAAGUUGGUUUCUCGUCUAUGGUUCAGCCUUCUAAGACGACGUCAACUAUGUCACCACGAUCCAAGCAAGUGAUGAUGAUUGGUUCUCCAGGGUACACAGAUCCUCAUUACUUGAGAACUGGUAUUGCUUCGAAGAAGAUGGAUAUGUAUGGGUUUGGAGUGGUGGUUCUUGAGUUGGUUUCGGGUAAAGAAGCGGUUAGUUCUGAGAGAGGUGAGAUGUUGGUGCAUUCAACAGCUUCGUUGAUACAUGAGAUUCUUGAUUCGAAUGGAGAUAUUGGAGAAGAGAAAGUGAGACAGUUCUUGGAUCCAAGGUUGUCCAGGGAUGGUAGUAUUGAUUUGGAAGAGGUUAAGACAAUGCUACGUGUGGCUGCUUUCUGUCUUCGUAGCCCUCCAUCGCUGAGACCCUCUGCUUCUCAAGUAGUUCAAACUCUUAACAAGAAGAUACCGUCUCUAUCUUUCCUCGGUUGUGGUAAAAAAGAGUGAUACAUAAAACUAACCUGUGUGUUUUAGGUGAUGAGGUUUAGGUAGUGAUUGUGUUGCAGGUCUUAGUAGAAAGAUCUGAAACGUUUGCUGAGAAGAUUGAGUUUCGUUGUAUAGGAGAUUCUGCAAAAACCAAAAAGAAAGAAGGAAGAUUCAAAUUCCUCUUCUGCUUUGUGAUGUGUAUAGUAAUCAAGCAAAACAACAUUCAUGUGAUUUGCAUUUUGUAAGAGUUACUGUGUGGAUGUAUAAUACAAAUGAUUGGAUGAAAUUCGGUAACCGGUUUGGUUAGGAACCAACAAACCGAAAUUACUAUAAAUUUAUCCAAAAUUAAAUCGAGAUAACC